GGGGCGGGAGCGGCGCGGGCAGAGCCGCCGGGCUGGACCGCGGCCCCUCCGGUACCGGCACCGGCCCCGCCGCCGUUAGCGCCGCACGUCAGGGGCAGCCAUGGGCAAGCACAGCAGCAAACUGGCCCCGGAGAUGCUGGAUGACCUGGUGAGGAGCACGGAGUUCAGCGAGCAGGAGCUGAAGCAGUGGUACAAGGGCUUCCUCAAGGACUGUCCCACCGGUAUCCUCAACCUGGAGGAGUUCCAGCAGCUCUACAUCAAGUUUUUCCCCUAUGGAGAUGCCUCCAAGUUUGCCCAGCACGCGUUCCGCACCUUCGACAAGAACGGCGAUGGGACCAUCGACUUCAGGGAGUUCAUCUGCGCCCUGAGCGUCACCUCCAGGGGCACCUUUGAGCAGAAACUCAACUGGGCCUUUGAGAUGUACGACCUGGAUGGGGAUGGGAAGAUCACGCGCUUGGAGAUGCUGGAGAUCAUUGAGGCCAUUUACAAGAUGGUGGGGACUGUGAUCAUGAUGAGGAUGAACCAAGACGGGCUGACACCGCAGCAGCGCGUCGACAAGAUCUUCACAAAGAUGGACAAGGACAAGGAUGACCAGAUCUCCCUGGAGGAGUUCAAGGAGGCAGCGAGGAGCGACCCCUCCAUCGUCCUCCUCCUGCAGUGUGACAUGCAGAAAUAGAGCCCUGCGGGGUCGGGGCUGGACUGGCUGCAGCCAACCUCUGCUCCCUGGGAUGGGUUUUCCACAUCCCUGUUCCCGCUGAGUGUCCCUGUGCCCGCUUUGCCCCAGGCAUGAGCCAUGCUCCGUCCGUCCUUCCUGCCACCCAUCCCCACUGCAUCCUUGGCAGCCUGCGGCCCAGGGGCUGUAGCUCUCCCUUGAUGGAUAGAGCCUGCUCUGGGUACUGUGGGCUUGAGGUUAUCCCCAAAUCCACCCUCUCCCAUUUGGAGCUGGACUCCCUGCAGCCAAUGGUGCAUGUCCUGCCAUCCAGGACCAGUUGUUCCCAUGUCCCUGCUGCUUCCUCCUGGCCUGUUCCCUGAUCUUAACUGAACCCAGCUCUUUUCCUUUGCUGCUGAUUC